AUGGCUCCUGGAGCUCCCCCAAACUAUUAUGCUAUUCUCGAGAUCUCUGAUAAGGCGACCACUCAGCAGAUUCGAGAUGCUUACAAACGCGCCGCACUAAAGACGCACCCUGAUCGCGUCGCCAGUGACGCCCCAGAACGAGCCGAGCGAACUCGCAAGUUCCAGCUCGUCAACGACGCAUACUACGCUCUAUCUGAUCCCGUGCGCCGUCGCGAGUACGAUGCCCAGCGCAACAUAUUCAACACCGCCACCCCUUCAGACCCCUUCGAGGACAUCCCCGAGACUGAGACGGAGGGUGGCGCUGGGCCGCGACAGAGCCCUUACUCAUGGGCAUGGAACUUCUUCACCAAUCAAGCAACAGGUGGUCAGGCGCCACCUGGAGACCGCGAGCAGACUGAGAAUGCGCAGUUCAGCGAUGUAUUCGAGGAGAUGAUGCGCGAAGAGGGCAUGGCUGAGGGUAGCGAUAACCACCCUACCAGCAAGUUCUGGAGCAUGCUAGGCGGAGUUAGCGGCGGUGCCCUCGGAUUCAUCGUCGCCAACGUCCCCGGUCUCGUAGCCGGCGCCGUGGCAGGAAACAGACUGGGAGCUGUCCGGGAUGCCAAGGGGAAGAGCGUGUACUCUGUGUUCCAGGAACUUCCCCAGGGCGACAAGUCACGGCUUCUCAGCCAGCUAGCGGCCAAGGUGUUCAGCCACGCUGUUGGUGUUUAA